AAAUUGACGGUCGCUCUGAUCAGUUGGACAUCAUGUCAUAUCACACACGUUGGAAUUAUCAGUUGAACAUUUACACAGAGUGACAACCCGUGUACAUCUAUCCUCCCACUACAUUGUUUACAUCAACCUUCAUCAUUCGCAACAGAUCCUGUGCAAAGGUUCAUCUUCAUCGACUCUGAGCCUUUAUAUAUCUUAUACUUGGUUCACAAAACCUCAUCAUUUUCUUUCUCAGUAUGCCAAGUGGAGGAGCGCUUCAACACAUCGCCGGCACGCGGCCGGGAUUCGCACCCUGCCCAUGGCGGGGAACAUGGCUUCAGCUAACCAUACAGACCACGUUUCUUGUCUUACUACUCACUACGAGGUACGGGGCUGCCAGACCACCAAUAAUGGACUACGUUACCGCCGAUGAAGUGUCCCACAGGUCGGCAGUGGCGACCCGGUCAGAAGGGAUGAAUCUUCGAAGUUUGUGCGACCGUACACAGUCCGUGGAAAUGAGAGUUCUUUGCCGACUAACUCAGCAGAGGUCUGGCGGGUGGCUGGACGGUGAAGGCCGAAAGAAACCAAUUUCUAAAAGAUCAGACGGCUCAUCGUUGUCUGCCUUUCAGCGUUUCGUUAGUGAGCUCAAGACGGCGGCCGAACAGAGAUCAGACGCCAUGCGGGAACUCCAACAACUAAGAGCUAUGGGAGUUAUCGAUGAAAACAACCAAGUCGUCAGGGUACCAAGCGAGACUCGGAACCUUAUGGAGCGUCUAGGUUAACCGAAUACGGCGAGCUUGUAUGUUUUCUUUCAACCUUCGUCGGCUUGGAGUUCUAGAUU